GCUGGCGGCUGCGGGGAGCGCGGGGCGCGCGCUGAAGAGGCUUGGGCUACGAGAACCGAGCCGAGGAGAAGCCGGAGGAGGCGAGGAGGAAGAAGCGAGCAGAGGCCAAGGAGGCUUGGGGUCCUGGAGACCCGGCCGCAGGGGGUCCCUCAGAGCACAGGCUAGCUACCGCCGAGGCAGGCAGCCGGCCUGCCGCGGCCCGGCGAGAGCAGGAGGAGGCGAUCCAGGAGCGGAGCGCAGCCCGGGGGAGGAAGGGUGGCGCGGGCACGCCCGGGUGGGAGGGCGCGGAUUCUCCGAUCCUAACGAGCUGUCGCCUCAUCACCCGAGAGCUGCGCGGGGCCGGGCGGGGGACCCCAGGCCGGAGCGCAGCGCACACGCGUGGCGCACGCCGGGCGGGCCGGGCGGCGCCGAGGGCAUUCGGGAUCGGGCGCACGGAGCUCCGGGCAGCACAGACCCCGGGCGCCGGCGGCCCGCGGCGCCCCCUGGGCUCUCGGUGCUCCGCGCAGUCCCGGGGGCGAUCCGGGCCGGGGUCGGGGAGUGGGAGCCGCCCGCGCUCAUCCCCUCCCCCCCCGGGCGGGCCGGCGGCCCGGGGGAGGGCGGGCGGCGGCGCUUGGCUGUAUAUAUCUCCGCGCACCCCGCCAGGUCGCGCACAGCACCCCGAGCCCAGGCGCCUCCCCGCCCCCCUCCCCGCGCUCCGCGGCGGCGGCGGCGGCAGCAGUAGCAGCAACAUGGCUGUUGAUGGGUGUUCGGGGUGGCGCUGGCGGCGGGAGGAGCUCCCCCGAGCCCCUGCGCCGGCCGCGCAUUGCUAGCUAUGGCAAACGGUGGCGGCGGCGGCGGCGGCGGCAGCAGCGGCGGCGGCGGCGGCGGCGGUGGAGGCAGCGGUCUUAGAAUGAGCAGCAAUAUUCACGCGAACCAUCUCAGCCUAGACGCGUCCUCCUCCUCCUCUUCCUCCUCCUCUUCUUCUUCCUCCUCCUCCUCUUCCUCCUCGUCCUCGGUCCACGAGCCCAAGAUGGAUGCGCUCAUCAUCCCGGUGACCAUGGAGGUGCCGUGCGACAGUCGGGGCCAACGCAUGUGGUGGGCUUUCCUGGCCUCCUCCAUGGUGACUUUCUUCGGGGGCCUCUUCAUCAUCUUGCUCUGGCGGACGCUCAAGUACCUGUGGACCGUUUGCUGCCACUGCGGGGGCAAGACGAAGGAGGCCCAGAAGAUAAACAAUGGCUCCAGCCAGGCAGAUGGUACUCUCAAGCCAGUGGAUGAAAAAGAGGAGGUGGUGGCAGCCGAGGUCGGCUGGAUGACGUCUGUGAAGGACUGGGCAGGGGUGAUGAUAUCCGCCCAGACACUGACUGGCAGAGUCCUGUCAUAUCCAGGAUAAAACGUGGAUGCAACAGUGAAUAGAAAAGCUACGUCAUCCUUCCGUCUUUAAUCUGCUUUCAUCAUAAUUGGCCCAUUUGGAAGGUUCCAUAGGGACAGGCACAAUGCCCCUCCACUGGACUCCAUCAGCCGCUGAAUGAUCAAGGUGCCAGGGAAGACUCGAGAGGGAGACCAGCUGGUUUCCAUGGCAACUGCUUGCUUAACCCUGCAUGCACGCUUCCUUCUUUGCACAUAGGUGUGUUGUUUAUUAUUGGCACAACCUGCCAGUGACCCAAUGCCUACGUAGGUGCCAACUCUACCUCCACCUCUGAGGCCAUGCUCACCUUUGAGUUGGGCCCUGAAGCUGCUGGUGGAGGCACAGGGUCUGCCUGACUAGAAAAUAUUCUCCUUCAAGCCCCAGACUUCGUUUCGUUCCGUCUGUCAGCGCAGUGAUGGUGAUCUCUGGGGAAGCUAGAGAUGCUGUUUUAGAACCUUUACAGUUAGACAUCAUCUUGGCUCCUGCACUGAGUCACAGACCUGAAGAGCUGAUGUUGACGCACAGACCUACACAAGCAUGCGUGCUGCUGUGCUCUAGGGAUGUGUCUGAGCUGGAAGAGUAGACAGAAAGCAGAGAAACGAAGACCUGGUGGGUUGUUCUCCCAAGGUGGCUCUGGGAAUCUGAGAGAUGGUUGUCUGAAUUAAGAUGUGCUAGACCUGGGAUACUUAGCCUGACUGUGACAGAGCACAUUCCUGGUUUGGGUUUCAUCUAGAAAAAUAAUCACAUUUUAGUUAGGUUACUUAAAUAAACAAUAUUGUCAUCAUUUUUCUUUUAAAAUUAUUUAAAACAUCUUUUGUUAUGUAAUAAUCUCAUAAUGUAUGUAUUGAUCAUAACCAUCCUAACUUCUUCCUAGUGCUCUUUGGACACUCUGUAAAACAUCUCUAUUCUGCCUUUGUGUUCUUUUCUGUUUUUUGUUUGUUUUGUUUUGUUUUAACUAACACACUGAGUCAGUUUCAUUUUAUCUUUAAAAAAUGUGUCUCUUAAGUAGAUGAGUGCUUAUACCAAUGAACUGUAUGAUUAAAAUCACAUUUUAUGUGUGUUUUACCAAAAUGAAUAAAAUAUACAUAUAUAAAAAUAUGUACAUAUAAAUGUAUAUGCAUAUAUGUUGUGAAAUAUAUAAAAGUGUUUCAGGAAAGGAACCAUCUCCUCCAGUCUUCCUGGACCACAUUUCUAGAAGCCUUCAGCACACCUUCACACGUAGCCCAUGAGCCAGAGCUGAGUUACCAGCUUGCUUAUUAGUCAACUGCUGACAAAGGGAAAGUACCACCAUGGUUGACUUGACUAACUGAGGUCUACCUAGGACUCUUUCUUCCAUCACCUUCAUCCGUGAACAAAGUCAGUUGAAGAAGGAGUUGGGAUGAGGUCUAUUAGAGGCAGACACCACUAAUGCCCUAUAGCAGUGGUUCUCAACCUGUGGGUCAUGACCCCUUUGGGGGUGGCAUGUCAGAUAUCCUGCAUAUCAGAUAUUUACAUUAUGAUUAAUAACAGUGGCAAAAUUACAGUUAUGGAGUAGGAAUUAAAUUUACGGUUUGGAGUCACCACAACUUGAAGAACUGUAUGUGGCAGGCAUGCAUCAUAGAAUUAGCAAGGUUGAGAGCCACUGACCUGUAGGAAAAUGUACAAGGAGGUUAAUGUGUGCGAGCAUCAGUGUACACAGUUUGACUGCUUCUUACCCUACCUGAAAUUAAAUCUAUCCUUAAGUCUGUCCACAAUUAUAAAUAAAUCAUCAGUUAAUUAAAUGUAAAAAUAAGUGCCUUGCAGGAAAAUUUAUGACAGAUAGACAGAAAGACAGACAGACAGACACACACACACAGACAGAGACAGAGAGGGAGGCAGACACACACACACACACACACACACACAGACAGACAGAAGAGACAGAGACAACAUGUUCUGUCUUGUGUUUCUUCUGAAAACACUGGUUCAUAGCAUUCAUGGCUAAAUAGAAAGCCAUGAAUGAGCUAUUCCACCUCAGUUGAAGGCUUCGGUGACCUUGGAUGAGGUCACCUGAAUCUCAAUUUCUUUACCUGUAAAAUGGGACUGACACUAGCAGCUGUUUCACAGAGCUGUCGGUGAAGCACUCAGGAAAAUGUGCUCAUGUUUAUAACAUACAAGAAGACCCAAGACCAGUGGUCACCAGGGAAUGCUUUGGGAACCAGUCCUCUAGACCUCCCUGCCCUGCCUUCCACAGCUUAAAUGUGAAGGAACAAUGCCACAGGAGCAUUUGGCUGGAUACAAAUGGAGACUCUUGGCAUAUGGUUUCCAGGCAACAUCCUAGCAAAAGAACUUCCUCCUUAGCCUUGAGGCAGCUUCGAGGAAGAGAAGAAAGAGGAAAACUGGUCUGUGAAGAUAAAGUCCUCUGCUUUCUGCUACCUCCAUUCAGUGGGAAUUGAUAGACCUCUGUCUGGCCACCGUAUUUGCCCAGCUCCAGGACAGAAGGCAUUUGCAGUCAGGUCAUCUAAUGGUCUCGUACUCAGGGCCCCAUUGGUCUUGCCCUCAGACUCUUACUUUAAGACCUAUUUUAGGAGUUAAUGUCUGUCAGGAGAGGAUUUGGAGGGUAACUCAGGAGAAUGGGAACACACAUGGAGGGCUCCUUGGGAACACAGUGCAGUUUUUGUGUGAUUUUUUAAAAAAUGUCUUCAUUAGAUCCGAACAAGCUUCUUCCUUCAGAUCACUGCCCCGUUGUUGAGAGAAGCCGAAGCUCAGUGCUAUAAGGUGCUACAGAGACACCUGUGAUUCUGCUGUGCUCUACAGAGAAGGGCACAGAGGGCAGGGGAGAGAGGAUGACAUUUCCCCAGUGCACAAGUGAAAAGUGUGUUGGGGACAGUGUGACAUCCUGCAAAUCUGGUAUUUUAUUUCUAUUCAUACCCCCAUCAUUACCUCUGAGUAGUGGUUUGUAGCCCUCACUAACAAAAUCUGGUAAUGUUUUUUUUGUAGUACUCAGUAUGGAUAACAAGUGUGUUCUCUGUGCUAUCCUCAUUUUCCAUUUUCACAUGUGUGUAUGUAGUGAGCAUGCACAUAUGUGUGUGUAUUUGAAUGUUGUGUGUGUGUGUGUUUGUGCCAGUGUACCUGUUGUAUAUACAUGGAAGCCUGAGCUUAAUGUCUGAAAUCAUCAUCAACAUUCUUUUACUUUAUUCUGUGAGUUGGGGUCUGUCAACCAAUCUGAGAGCUCACCAAUUUGUCUAAUCUUGCUGGACAGCUUGCUCUGGGAGCUCCUCGUCUCCCCUUUUUGGCUGGAAUUAUAUGUAGGCUGCUAUGCCUAGCCAGUGCUUAUGUGGAUUCUGGGAAAUCCAAACUCUAGUCCUCAUGCUUGACAGGCAAGUGCUUUAAUCACUUAGCCAUAUCUGUAGCUCUGCACAACAGGGAGAGAAGGUCCUGUAUUCCUCCCCAGUCUACAGUGUCUACAGGAGAGGCAACCAGUGUGGGUGGCUAGCCAACUUGCCUUAGUAGUGACGAUCCUAGUGGCAAUGCUACCCAAGUGGGCACUGUAUGUUUACUAUUGAAAAUGACCCAGCCUUACAGGAUGGGGCACAAAGUGGGACACUGUCAGCCAUUAGCUGGAUCUCAUUCCAUUGGCAACAGUCAUGCUCUACAGUUGUAGAUGAAAGCCUGAAUUGUGACUUUUUCUGAUAUGCUUUCAAAACCUGAACAUCUUUUAGGAGAGUUUGUUUCUUCAUGGCUCUUUUCCUGUUGUAUGUUUUCCUCCAAAUGCCUGGUUUUAUCAUUGUAGUUUCUCUAGAUGCCUCUCUCUGUGCAUUCUGCUCCUUUUUUCUCUUAUAUAUUUGUCUCUGCCCCCUAACAUGUGUGUGUAUUCAUUCUUUUGAGGCAGGGUGACAAUAUCUCAUAUAGUCCAGGCUGGUCUCAUACUUGCUGUAUAGCUAAGGCUGACCUUGAACUCCUAAACUUCUUGCCUCCAUUUCCCAAGAGCUUAUAUAGCAUGCAUGCUUUACCAUGUCUGUGUUCCUUUUCCUUUAAUUUCUUCUUUCAUCUCUGUGCCUGUUAGUACCAUGAAACUGUUCAUUUAAAAGAAUUUAAGUGAGUUCUUCCUUGCUUAUUGGGUGGAGAGUAUUUUAGACUUCAAAUUAAAACAGAUAAUGACUUUAAGGUUUGAUGAAACCAAGUUGUCAUUUUGCUUAGUUAAAAACAUUAUGAUUGGUCACCGGACAGUGGUUCUUGCUGGCAUGGGGAGGUCUGGAAGUCCUGUGGCCCUGUGUUUGUUCUAUUGCUAUUCUGCAUUAUCUGCUAUUUAAUCUUACAGAGAAAUCAUUAAACGUAUACUCUUUUUUACUCUGUCAUGAGAAAGCCUUGCUCUUCCCCACAUAGAUGAAACAUGGGCUUCUUCCCUGAACCAGGGACUUCUGAUUAGAAACCAGACAAUUACCGAGGAUGUCAGAGCAUCUCAUCCUGGAGUUUGUAAUUGAACAAUAAAAAUGUGUGCACACACAGAGGCCACAGAGUAAGACUUUUAAUUUGAAUCAGAGAAUGAGGAGAAGCACUAUCUCUUACAAUAUGGCACAGAUGCUCUCAUGAUGAAUAAUGGCCCUGUCCUGAAAUUACAUCCUUACUGCUGAGCAUUGGCUGUAGAUUGGAAAGUUGAUGGUGAUGAUGAUUGUGCCUUGAAUUUGCAUACAGAACCCUGCUCCCUGCCACUUGUUAAGGCUCUUGUAUUCAGAUCUGGCAGGUGAACAGUCCAGACUUGUGUCUUUGGGGGGGCAUUAUGAGAGGGUGCCGAUGCUGGCUGUGCAUAUUCACAUGGGUCCUCAUGGAAGGAUCUACCCGAUCAUCAAGUAGGAACAUUUUCCUUCCAUGACCUGCUGGCUCGCCACUGCCCUGGAUUGUGUGGACCAGGGUGCUCCAUGUGAAUGAGUACACAAAGCAUUUACAGGCAGUGGCUUAUUUUCUCAGGUAUUAAGUGAUUUAAAUGCUGAGGAAUUGUGUGAUCUGAAGCCUCCUGCCUCUAUCUGCCCCGAGGCAGCAUCUCAACUUUUGGUUUUGGUGCUAAAAGGGGUUUUGGGCCUCUAAAGAAAAUAGCCCAUGUUUCUCGUGCUCUGUGAACCAGGAAGGAAAUAAAAUGCUGUGAGGGCUUUACCUUGUUUUUCCUUCAAGUAAACUAGGUGCUAGGCAUUCUUAUAUUCUUCACACAAAAGGGAACCUACUAUCAGAAUAUUUGUGUAACUUACUGGCGGUUGCACAGCAGCUCAGUGGUCGGAUUUGACACUCUCAGACCUUCUCCAAUAGCCAAAGCUUCUGAAGUGAUGGCUUUUAUACUCUUAGAGGCCUGGAGCUCUGGGUUCACUGUUAAAAAUCUAGCUACUCUGAAUAAAUCAUCACAGGAGCUGUGCUCCCAUCAUGUGCCCUACCCAAGGAGUUCUGUGAGAUCCUGAACACUUCAACAGUGUGCUCAUGAUGCUAUGCCAACUCUAGAAAGCCAUCCCUUCAGAGAAGAGGGCAUGUCUGCUUGUCUACUUCCCGGGAAUGUCCUGUCUAGUUCGUGCCACUGCUUCCUUCCUCUUGUAGGUGGAAGUAAGCAUUCAACAAUAAUCUCUUGAGGGCCUACCACUCCUUUUGUGAGACAACUAAAAGGCAUUCAUAGGUGUCUCUGUGUCUUUCAAAGGAAAGGGAGUAACCCUCAGCAAAGUGUGGAUGGCCUAAGAGAAAAGACUUGAGGUGAGGUGGGAAGAAGUGAUGCCUCCUAUGUAGCCAAAGGUUGGAGUAAUAUGAGUCAGAACCUCUGGAGGGUCAGCAGGUUCAGGCACAGAAUGAGCCCAGGAUCAAACUGUUCUGGAAUGUAUUCUGGGCAGACUUGCUUAGCUCCCAUUAACCUCCCUUCUCUCCAGAUGUUUCUAGUUGAAAAAAAAUGUUCUGGCUCUUCCAAUAUUGGUAAGGAGCCAGGUACUCUCUUGAGAUGGCUAUUUAAAUAUUCCAAAAAUCCCCACGAGUAACGGUGUGACAUCAUAUACUUUUACCUGAGACAUUUGGUCACCUCUGGCUCCUGGGUUAGAGUAUGUGAAGAUGGUGCUGUCCUGCUGCAGGGCCCCCUAUUGACAGGGUCCACAGCCAUAUGUUAUCCUGCCCAAAGCUAUUUUCCCUUGCAAUGCAUAGAGAUAAUAUGCCUGGAGCAUUUGUGAUGGAGAAGGUACAUAAAGCCUAACCUCUAUUUAGAAUAUACCAGACUCUGUAAGAAGACAGAUGAAUGGUGUCUGUGUUCCUAAGGUUGGAUUCAGGCUGCCCUCUGGUCACAGCACUGCCAUAUGUCCCUUUGCUUACCCCAGUUUCAGUCAUGUUAGGAGAAAGAACACCUUGAAGACAGAGAAGACAGGACAGUUGCAGAACUGAGUGUUUGCAAUUUACAGCAGGGCUCUCGUUUCAGACACAGACACAAAUGCAGACCAGUUGUGUUGCAGGUAACUUUUUUUUUUAUUUAACAUGUUUUAUUGGUAUCUGACAUUUACAUUUUUAUAAACCAGUAUUAAAAUUCAUAUCUGUUUUUUAGUUUGUGGAGAUCUUUCAAAGCAUGCAUCCAUCUUGCUAUUGUGUUGUUAUAUUCUGAGAAGUGUUCUCUGUUCCCUGGUAACUGCAUCUCUUCUCUAUUGACUCUAUAGAGUCAAAUAUACUUUUAAAAAGCAGCUCCUGAGCAGAUAUUUAUUAGAGGGUCUGUGUUACUACUCCAAGAGGGAGGAGGGGAAGGAUGAGAAGGGCACAGAGUGUGGUGCGGGGAUGGGGAAACCUCCACCACUCCCUGGAGAGUACAGGACCUCAAAGGGACCUCAGCAUUGUCCCAAAUGGCCUGACACUGGGUGAUUCUUCAUCCUCAGUUAGUGAUAGAAGACUGGCUGCCCCCAAAGCCUUGACUGGGCAUCUCUCUGGUAACUGAGCCCCACCAAUGCUCCCUUGGAAGGCUCUCUGCCUAUACCAGGGCUUUGUCGAAGUCUUAGAGGCAGUGUGUCUGUCUGUAAGGGGCUUGCAGAGUUGUGCCUCAGACGCCAGCAUCCCAAGGUCUCAUGCAGGGCUGUGGAAGGCAGCACUUCAGUUAACUAGGGCAGGUGUCAGAUCUGCAGCCCUGGGCGAGUCCUCUUAGCAGUCUUGCUUUCUUAAGGAGGGAGGUAAGACUGCCAUGUUAAGCAAUGUCCAGGGAUCACAAAACAAGCCAGGAAGGCCUUAGGAACCACACUCACAUCCCACUCCAAAAGUAGUUUGUUUUCCUGAGGUUAGAAUCACCUGUGUCACUGAGGGCCGAGCAGAGGUGGUGGCGGGAUCCUCAGUCCCUCAGCCUUCCUUUGCCACACUUGACUGUCUCCAGUGUCACCUCUUUGUCUAUUCUUUGGCUCUGCAGUUACCACAUGUGUUGUGUAUCUCUCUCCAUCCUCCACAAAGUCCUCACUGCUUCCCCAGCCUACCAGCCUUUUUUACCCCUUGACUUUUCUCAGCACUCUUAGGGAGACAUAGUUUUAUUCUAAUUGCUACACUCUGUAAAUACCACCUCAGUCUCCCAAGAGACUGUACACUCUCAAAGGGCAGGGCUGUUGCAUGUAUAUGGUUUAGGACUAUGAACCUAGGAAAGCCAUGUUUAAGCACUUAAAAGGCAUGGCUAUAAGCCUCCUCCCUGGGAAUCUGAGUGCUGAGAUUUCAUGGUACCCACCAAACCUCAGGGCUCAUGGAGACCCCCACUAAAUUCCCAUAGAAUUCAGUCUAACAUGGUCUUAUGUCUGUGCCUUUUGGGGGUCUGUGUUCGCUCGGACUCACAGACCUAGAAGAGGACAAGCUGUGUAGAUCAUGUAUGACUCAGGAUUUCAGAGCAUGGAGUACUGGUUGACCACAAGGGAGGGCUCCAUUUAAACCAAUGAAACCAGAUUUGGGAAACAUCCGAAGAGGAAUUUGAACUCAAAGCCUUGCUGCCAUCUUACCCUGUGACCUGUCACUUAAUCGCACAGCCAAGGAUGUAUUAAGAGCUGGAAAUGUGUAAAUGUUUAGAGAGCUGUGAGCUGCAAGCUGUAAAUGGCCAUGGCAUGUUUAUUAUGAGACUGCAGCUCAGAAAUGAAACUAUAAUAGCUUUGUAUUUUAUUGUUGUUUACUUUUUGGUGGAUAGAAUUACUGAACUGAUGGAUGGAAGGAUUAUUCUGGUUGUUAAAUAUUUGGAAUUUGCUAGUCUUUUGAUGUAACAUCUUCUACAACUACUUGUAAAGCGAGCCCAGACUUGCUUUGAUUAGCUCAGGGCUAGGGUUGGGCAGAGGCUGGAGAUAGAGGCGACCCCACUCCACAUUACUCACAACACUACCUUUUAAGAGGGCAGGCCUUCGGUGGUGCCUGGAGCAGGGGUUUAUCUCUUAUGAGCUCCACUUCAUGAGAUUCUCAAGGUUUGAGUGGUUGUAAAGGUGCUCAGAAUGCAGAACGUGGAGAUACUGAAUUAGCUGCUGACAUAUGUGGAGGCCAAUUGGUUCUUCUUUCUGUCUCCUGUAAACAACCGAAUUUCCCAUGUCUUCCUAGUGGCUUUCCAAUAUGGUCUUCUGGUCACUGUGUGUGUCUCCCUCCUCCCCUGCAGGACUUUUGGCCAUGGCUCCUUCUGUUGAGGAGGUUUGUUGAUUCAUCUAUAAAUAGUCCCGCUUGAAUCAACAAGGGAGCGCUCAGAAUGGCAUCUCUUCCACAACGGCUUUCUGAGCCACCAGCUAGAAGCUGUGGGUUUCUUUUCUAAAGGCCUUCUUUGUCCAUGAGAGAAAUCUGUAGGGUAGGUGGGAGCCAUCUUGUCUUGUGCUAGUUGGAUGGUUUGAAAAAAAAAAAGAGGGAGAAGCAUGCAAGUGAAAAGUUGAAUGAAAGCACACAUGGGUAGAGUAGAGUGUGCCCUGGUUCAAACACACAGUUUCAGCUUUCACCUGUCAGUAAUCAGCGCUGGAAGCAACAGCCGCCUUUUCUGUUAUUUGAGAAUGAAGUGGUGUACAUACUUGGAUGUCUAAGGCUAUGUAAGUGUUAGCUGUUGACAUUGUUGUUUUGAAAUCACUCCAGGAGACAUUCAGUGGUAUGUGGAAAUUAAUUUCAGAUUCUGCCUUGAGGUUAGUGAUUCCUAGGGCUUUCACUUUUUUCACCCAAGCUUAUUUCUUUAUGUUAUCAGUGAGGAAGCUGUUUCUACAUUAGGGGAGAGGUAUUUGCCCACAUUCAGAGUUGGCAGCAAGCUGGGUGUCAAGGUACAAAAAUCAAAACAUGGGAAAUGUGACUUAUACAAGUUUAGAAUGUGUAAUGUCUGAUAGUUCCCUUAGCUUAUUGCUGGGGGAGCCAGCAUGGUGGCAAGGUGAGGUUCCUAGGCAUUGGGAGAAAAAAGUGUUGGGAUGAAUUGCUAGAUUAGGGUAAAAGCAGGUUGAUGUCUUACAAUAGAAUAGAGAUAUAAACUUUGAGAUUGCAUUUCCUGUGGAAAUGAAUCUUUUGUAUUUCUACUACAGUGUUAACAUUGUCUCUCCAAAAUCUGGACAUUUUUUUUAAUUCAUAAUAUAUAAUGAGUGGAAAGUUCUUUCCCCUAGAGAAUUUAGUGUUCUCUGAGUGGAUUGGUAAAUCAUGCUCUACCUGUGGCAUUAACGAGGCAUGCUUCCUUUCUGUGUCUUAAAUUGAUGAUGGCAUCAAGUCUUCCCACAGGGAAUUGCCCCUCAGCUUCCUACCUUCUGCUCUCCUGCUGGGUGCAGAAAACUUGUGUCCUUGCUUCCAUUCUUCACUGGAGAAAUGAGGCUUGUGAUAUAACUGUGCCAGGCUGCACACUUAUGACUUAGAGCUAGGCAGGGCAAUGUAAGAAGGUCACAGAGUCCUGGACACAGAAGAGCUUGACCUGCAAGAAAGAGAUGGGCCUUGGCAAACAAUUAAACUACCAUCUGACAAAGACAGUGACAGGCAAAUGUGCAAAGAGGGAAGAGGCCAGAAAAGGGGCAGUGGCAAGGUGAGGGUGCAUGGGGGGCAGUUGGCCAAGUAGAGCGAUAGGAAAGGACUGGGAGCAAGGCAUGAACCUGGGAUUUCAAAGACUGUAGGCUGUUUGGUGGAAACAAAUGGCUCAGUAAAUUGCCUGUGUAGAGUGUGGAGAGGAAGGAGUAAAAUGCUUUCCACUAAGUGUGCACAUGUUGAGCAUCUCUCACAGGCCACCUUCUGUGAUUGGCCCAGAGGAAUGAAUGCAGGGGUCCUGGAGAUGACAGAAAGCCAUCUUGAUCCAUCUGUAAUGGUUUCAGGAGCUAGGGCCUUGGCUGUAUUGAAGGGCAGGGAGGGAGAAAGGUGAUUGAAAUAGAAAGGUUGGUAAAAGUCCAGCCCUUUUAUGAGUGAACCUUUGAAUAGCAAUCCCUGACCAAACAGUUCACCAGUGCCUAGAACCUUCUGUAUGAUAAGCCCCCAGCCUUCCCCUAGGAGGGCAAACAAGUUCAAGCACCUGAUGAUGUCCUAGUAAGGUUGGCAGUUUGGCUGAAGAGACAGAGCCUGGUCACAGAAGAGCUGUGCAAAGGCAGGGCCAUGUGGUGCUUUGGCUGGAGGUCACAUAUUAUACUGAGCAGAGUUCACUCUGGCCAAAAAUUGUGAGGCCAGAACAAACAGGAGGGAAAGGAAAGUGAGAGAGCCAGGGUGUCUGACUCAGAGUGAAUGCGUAGCCUGUGUUCCUCAUUGUCUACAAAGCAGACCAAACAGUACUAGCCAGCACUUGUGUGAAACUUAGGCAACAUGUCAGCCUUUGCCCUUAUUUAAAUGGGGUCUUUAACAGUUCAGGCUUUGAGGGAAGGAGAGCUUUUUGUGGCAUACUUGGAGAGGAGGGAUUUCUGGAAAGGGGAUACUUCAGGUAGACUAAAGAGCAUAGAAGGAUGUAGGUAGGCCCACAGACCCCGGCAGCAUUUGGAAGCUGCGACUUUUACUCCAUCUCCAGGGAAAGCACUUGAGGAGGUGCUAUACGAAGGGUGGCAGGGCGCAGGGUUGAGUCUUGCCGAGGACCUCAAUUUCCUAGUGGUGUGAGUAGGGGCCAGGAGAGCCAUGCAGGAAAGGGUUGACCAGCAGAACAAUAGUCUUCCCAGCUGUGAGAACAGCUGACCUGGAGGCCUGGUUAACAGUGACUAAAUCCCCCCACCCCCACAGGGGAGCCAGACAUUGACACUUUAAUGAAGUCUUCUGAGUUUUUGCAUGUUGUCAAUAGUAAAAACAAUCUAAAUUGGUCCAGAGAUAGUCCUCUCGUCUAUGGAAGGGGAAUUCCCAACCUGUGGCUCUUUAUAGCUGGUGCAGUCACUGAAGGUCCUUAGUGUCACAGUGUCAGGUGGCAGAGGGACAGUAUGAACCUGGGAAACUGAAUAAGGAUCCAGGAAGAAUGGGAGCUGGGCUAUGUGGUGUUGUGACCAGGGGUCACAUGUGGUGCGCAGAGCUCACCCUGGCCAAGAAUCUCAAGUCCAGAACAGACAAAAGGGGAAAUGAAGGUCCGGGAGCCAGGGUGUCCGACUCAGUGUGAACAGAAUAAUUUCUGCUUCUUCUCCUCUCUGUCUAUAAAGAAGACUAGGCAGUGCUGGCCUACACAUGUGAGCAGCACAGAUAAUUAACACUUAAUCCAGAUGCCCUCAUUUGAGUGAUUCAGGGUCUUCAUAAAUGAGACAGUGACAAGAAUGUUAUACAGACUAGGGGUGGGGACACCUAGUCUACAAGAGCCACAGGUGCUCCACAGGAACUCUCUGAGUCUCUGAGCAUCAGGUACUGUGUGUGUGUGUGUGUGUGUGUGUUUCACACUCUAAACUUCCUAUAAAGCACACAAUACUGAGACUCGUCUUCGUCUUCAAGAUCAAGGACACAGAGAUGGUCAUUGGCCAGACUUGGAUUGGGACAAGAUUCUGAAGUGCUUUCCUGCAUAUCUAGCCACCACACUGACCCAUGCUGAAUCCACCCUAUACAUGUAUCCUUGUAUAGAUCUUCUCCUUCUUGGAGAAGAACAAGACAGAGAAGCCCCACAGCUUCUCUGACCCAGCAUUAACAGGCUUUGCCUCUGCCACUGAGGCAUUAUCUAUGUUGGGAUUCUAUGAUUCUAAAGGUCCUUUGAGUAAUAACCUCCACCAAAGAGCUAGCAAUCAGAGAUGCCUCAGCCUCAGGCAGGCAAUGGCAGUGGUAUUAAGAGUGAAGGUAGCAGCCUUGCAGGGAGCCCUUUGUUUUCAACAUAUGUGGAUGUGCUUUGUGCAUGAAACAGGUUCAUGGCUGUCUACAGAAGAGGCCUUCCAACCAGGCUGCCACUGAGGUCCUGCUCUGGAUGCCUUGCAUGCAGCACUUGCUGUUUUCAUCACUCUUUGCCCUUCUGUUCUCUCUCUGGAUAUUCUCAACUCCCACCCCAAAUGGCCCAAAGCUUCAAAGAGAAGUAUUAUUGAUGUCAUUAAGUCUAUUUUUAGCCUGCUUGUGGUUGGUGCACAUCCAAAGCUGAAGCAUUAAGUUUUAUAUCUAUUUUAUCUACAUCAGCAACUCUUUCCUCAAAAACCCAUUAAAAGAUAACAGAAACUGCUAUCUUCAGACAACAUUCAACUGGUUCAUAUUUUGACUGCAAAUAUGUCAUGUCUCAUCCUGCUGUAGCUGAGACAUGCAUUUAACAUUUCCAAGGAGCCACAGAAAGAGACAAGGAGAACUUUGAUUGCCCUUAGAGAUUGGAGACUGCAUGUCCUCUCAGCUGUGCAGCUGUGUUUCUGUCUUAGCAGUGGAGGGAGGUGGAAAUAGAAGUAAAGAUGCCCCCAUGUCAUCAAGAAGGAUUUGAGGUCACAGAUCUUUUUUAUUAGAUGCUCCUCGUAUGUGUACAUAUGUUCUCUCUCUUCUCCUUUUCUUACUAUCUCUGGCUUCAGAGAGUGCAGGAGGAAACCAAAGCAUGGGCUACUGAUGUUUGAUUUCUUUAUCAGGCAGAAUAAGAAACUCUAAGGUACAAGGAAUGUGUUGAACCAUCCCUUUUGAUAAGUCUGUCCACCAGAAAUGCUCCAUGAAAGUUAGUACUAAGGUGACCCUCUAUCCUUGAAGGAUGCUACAGCAUUGAAAAGGAACAAACUUGGAGCACUUAUCAGAUUGAUUUGAUAAACAUGGGGCCAGGACCACAGGAACCUAGACUCUCAUUAUCCCUUAUUUGUAUCUAGACAGAGGUUCACAGCCGAAAAACUUAUAGAAAAAAAAAAUCCCAGUCUGGGGAUAUAUCCCAGUGGGUAAAAGAUUUGCCACACAAGGGCAAGGACCUGAGUUCUAAUCCCAAGCACCCACCUGAAGCUGGUGUAGCAGCACUCUCCUAUCCCAUUCUCUUCUAGUAAGAUGGGAGGCAGAGUCAGUAGAAUCUCCAGAGGUUUACAGGUCAAAUAGGCUGGCAGUGAUGAACAACAAAUCAAUUCAGUCUCAAAUAAGUUGGAAGGUAAGGACCAAUGCCUGAGUUUCUCUUCUGACCUUUGUACUCACACAUGCAAGGGCACACAAUUAUGCACACACAAAUAUAUAUCAGACACAUACAUAUACAUAUACAUAAUGCACACACAUACAAUGAGAAUUUUUAAAAAAUUGCCCCAGUAUGUAGUUCACCUUAAGAGCUUUGUCUGAGAAAGACUUGAUUUAUAGGUCAGUGGCUACCUGGUCAGAUGCAGGCUGGAUCUCUACUUCUGUUUCCCCUGGCUGUGAAGGGCGCUGGGGCUAAGCUGUAUUCAGGACUCCAGAGACAGGAUCUACACAUGUUGGCUGAAUGCUUCAUGGAACCAGGCACAUCCCCUUGCUUCCAUGCUGCUGUGUUCUUCUGCUGUAGAUACUGGUCUUCAGUUCUUGUGAGAACACAUGUUUACUCAGUACCAGGCUCACAGGAUUUAGUUUAUGUGCCUCACACAGUCUUAUAGCUGGGGGCCAGAACACAUCCACCUUAGAGAUGAAACACACUGCUUCCUAAGGACUCCAGCUUAGUGCCAGAGCCUCUGAACUUAUCCCAGAAGAUACAUCUCACUCUACUAAAAACUUAGGUGCACCUGCACAUAUAAAGAUGUGAGUGUGGAAAGCAGAUCCAUAGUGGCAUUAAAGCAGUCACUCUCACCAUUACUAAUACCGCCACCAUCACUGCUGUGUGUGCCAGCCUCACUGUCUUUACCGUCCCAUCACCACCUCCAUAACCAUGUGUAGUGAGAAUUUUGGAAUUUUGGUUUCUUUAAAAACACAGAUAUCUUAUAAGAAUAUGUUUUCAUUUUAAUCCCAGGUGUGAGACUAUGGGGUUGCUUGAUAACAGCUGGCUGUGAUUUGCCUCGUGCUCUGGCAGAAGCAUGAUGUUUGCCAGCUGCAGAUAGUUUCUGUGAUUGUGUGAUGUUUGGAAGUCUUUUCAGAGGAUAUAUAAGUGUUAGGGCCCUGAAAGAUGGGGUGGGUUGUUGGUUGUGAUUUGUUAAGUAGUCAUGUACAAAGAAGAAACAGGAAGAAAAAGAAAUUAGAUAUUCUGGCAGUGAAGAUUGAACUUGCCCCAAGGAACUCAAUGCCCCUAAUCAACAGUAAGUAAUCUAACCAUAACACUGCCCCAUUCUGAUCCCUGAUUUUAAUCAGGGUUCUCUUUCUCUUUUUUCCCCUCUCUAUUCUUUUUUUCCCUCUUUUCUAGUGUUAGGAGCUUGAAAGGUUGAAAGAAAAAUGGUGGAGAAUGGUGGAGGAAAGGUCUCUCAAAGUAGCAAAGUCCAGUUACAGCCAUGCCAUCAUCAUCAUCAUGAAAUCACAUUAGUCUAGAGUUUUGCAGUCUGUGUGAUACAGCAAAGAUAAAAAGUUCUAGUAAUGAAGUAGUCAUGUAUCAGACUUGGGGGUGGGUGGGUAACAUUCUUUAACCAAUCAAACCGGAAUGGUCUACUUAUCCACCUGUCCACAGUAAGUCAGGUAAAACAGCCAAGUUAUAGGCCACGUGGUGGUGGUACACACAUUUAAUCUUAGCACUCAGAAGACAGAAGUAGGUGGAUCUCUUGAAUUGGAGGCCAGCCUGGUCUAUAGAGUGAGUUUCAUCACAGCUAAGGCUUCACAGAGAAACUAUGUUUGAAAAUCAUCCAUACAAACAACAACAAGAAAAAGCUGAAAAAGGAGAUUUGGUCAAUAUGUCAACAUUGGGAGGGACAAAGAUUCAGUGCUUCUGGUCAAGCCAAUUUUUAGGCAUCCUUAAAUGAAGAGAAGCCUUAGCUAAAGUGUCAGAGUUACUAUACCUAGGCAGUGCCCUAUUAACAUAUGGUCCCACCCACCAUUAACUCAUCAUUUUCUCUUCUGUAAGGUCGUCUAACAAGUUGUCAAUCUCUUCACAAAAAAAACUUUCCUCUCUGGUUGGUCUAGACUUUAGGUAUUUUCUUCUCUUAGCAUGAACUCCCUGAGGAGAGUCUAGUUUAUUGGUGUCCAUUGAUUGUUUCUAUAGUCUGAUGACCAGGUCAUUUACAGCAAUAGAUUUAAAGCUCAUGUGCCCAGUUCCCAGCAACUCACAAUGUACCUCCUUGGAGUUGAAUAAAGAAGACACACUAAAUAAGUAGUUGAAUAAGGAAGACACGCUAAAUUACUCACCUCAUCGCAGUCUGUGUGAGUUGAUGCUUUUCUUCAAGCCCUUAUUAUGUCUUAUUCUUUUUGUAAUUUAUGUACUUAUGUGAGACCUAGAUGGAGUCCUUACCACACUCUCAAUUUUUUAGAAACUAUCUUAAAGACAUAUUGGGAGUUAAGGUUAGAGAGGUUGGUAGUCCAAGAAGAGAGAGAGAGUUGAUUUUAUUUUAUUAGUGUCCACCAAGAUCUCCAUGAGAAGUGAGGUGAAUGGCCUGAACCAUUCAUCAUAAAGCAAGCAGCUGGAGGCAAGUUCAUGCAGACUGAAGGGUCAAUAUAACAAAGUGAACAGAGACAGACACAGUAGAGAUCAAAGGAAAGAAAUUAGCUAAUGUGGCCAUAUAAUAUGGGAACACACAUAUAAUGAAUGGAUAGUAUUGUAUCUUUGUGUAUUGGCUAAUCUGCCCAAGUGUCUUCUUUACCCCAGCUAAAAAAUCCUCCUUUGCUUUAGAACAUCUGGGCUUUAGUCCUCUGAAGUGGUCACCUACCUUGUAAUGACUAUGAACAAGUCAAUAAAACCAUCUCUCAAAGGUUUCUGGAAGUUCUCUGGGUUGCUUAGAGUUAGAGAGAAGCCAUUGUCUGUAGUGAGGUGAGUGAGAUGAGCUGGGGUAGGAACAGGUGCCCAGAUUUCUCAUGUUGGAUGCUGAGGAUCAGGCCUCUCUAUCACUUGCUCCAAUUACUCUGCUUCUUUUAGUAACCAUAGUUAUUCUCUCAAUUCAGAUGGAUCUUGCCCUUCACUUUUCUUGACAAUUACUCUCUGACAGUGUUCUCCUAGCUGCAUAAAACCUCAAUCAAUCCUUCAUUAGAAUGCCACAGAAAAUAAAAGCCUUUCCCUUUAUUUCCUUUUUUUCCCCCCAAGCAGAUUGGAUUCAUUGUAGUUCCAUUGGAACAGAAGUCAGCUCUGAAAGCAGGUUCAGAUUGUAGCAUGGCUCCUGUUGAUUAUAGAUAAGUAAUUUUAGCAACUGCCAUAAAGUAAAAAUUUUUUAAGCAAAAGCAGGUAAACAGGCCAAUCCAGCCUUCUGGUCUACCCUGCCCACCCUGCUGUGGUAUAAGGAGGAUACUAUGCUAUGAAGUCUUGCUCCUCCAUUCAGGCUGAGGCACUCAGCCUGUAUCAACUUGCAAUGAGUCCAAGCUUCUAAUUCUGGUUUUGAUACUCACUGAUUGUAAGACUAUGGCAAGCUACAUGCCUCUUGGAAUCAGUAUUCACUCAUCAAAAAAAUAGUCAUGUUGAAAAUCAGGAGCUAACAGGAGGGCCGUAUAAAAAUCCAGGUGCACUGGCACUCCAGCCUUGGAAAGGCAGAGAUGGAUGGAACUUUGAGGCUUCGUGGCUAGCCAGCCUGAGAAUCAGUGAGUCCCAAGACAGUGGAGACUGUCUCAAAAAAUGAGGUAAUAGUGACUGAAGUCAGCCUUGUGGCUGGCACAUGCACCCCCCACUUAUGUGUGUACUCACAUUGUAGUGGCUUGAAUAAGUAUGGCUCCUAGUAGGCUUAUAUGUUUGAACAUUUGGUUCCCAUUUGAUACAAAAAUUGGGGAAAGAUUGGGAGGUAUGGCCUUGUUGGAGGAUGUGUUCCCCUGGAGCAGACUUUAAGGUUUCCAAAGCUUCACUUAGUAUUCUCUGCUUCCCACUGUCGAUCAAGAUACAAGCUCUCAGCUACUGCUCCAGUGACAUACCUGCCUGCUGGCUGCUAUGCUUCCCCCCAUGAUGGUCAUAGACUUACCUUCUGAAACUGUAAAGUCCCAAAUAUACUGUUCUGGAAGCUGCCUGAUCAUAGUGUCUUAUCACAGCAGUAGAAAAGUAGCUAAGACACUUGGAGUUGCAUACAAAGUGGUUAUGUUGCUAACUCCUGAUUUUAGCAUGAAGCUCACCAGGCAGCAGCUUCUUUAUUUGUGGUUUGGGGGAACUUUGAAAAUUGGCCUUUGAGAUCUAAGUGACUAAAUGAAGGCAGAUGUUGGGGAAUUGAAUUCUUUUCUUCUAGAUUAUAUAGUUGAGGAUCUAUGGGACCCAGCACAUUGUGGUAAACUGGUGAAAGAAAUAAAAUUUUUGUCCCUGACCUCACAGAGUUUACCCUGUGGGAAGGGUAAUCAAGAACCAAAAGACAUGGGGAUAGGUUUCUUUUUAAACUAACAGGAAAGUAGGAGAGAAAAGAUGGAGGUAAUUUGCCUUAGGGCAUGGUCAGGGUAGCAUGGAAAACUAUGAAGGGUUGAAAAGAAGGAAGUGCUAGAGUAAUUUUGCUUCUUAAGACCAGAUGGAGUCAACUUGAAGAAGAGCUAUUUAGAACACAAAUGCUUUUUUUUUUUUGUGGGGAGAGCUUAUGCACAAUGCUGAGGGCUGACAUGAGGCAGGAGUGGCUGUUGGUGAGUGUCUUUGGCUCUUCUUGUCUCCAGUCUCUGUGGUAAAGCUGAAACAGCUCAUUGGUGUUAGAGUCUCUGGGGGUUGGGAAUCCUGCUCUUCUGAAUGUGUGUAGGCUUUCUUAUGUCUUCAUGGCUGAGAAUUCUAGAGAGUAGAUAUUCCAAAAAUGGCAGCUGUUCAGAAUUCCAAGUUGAUGACUUUAUUUCACAACUGAUUGGAAGUGUGAAGUGUCAGGCAGGUUAAGGGAAAGAGGUCAAGGAAGCUUACUUCAUCAUAUGCAGAAAAGGACUUUUUAAGAAACAAACUACUUUCACCUCCCACUGCAAGUAGGUUUUGAGUUGUUUAUCUCAAGGCCUGUGGAUGCUGGUGCGCUUGGGAACAUGUCCUCACUGAGAGAUUGCCUAAGUUUGGCCAGCAUUCCAUUUCUUCUGCACUGGCAGGUAAACUGUGAGCAGCUGAAGUGCCAUGUGUGCCUUCUUGCUGCUUCAGCUUGGUGAGUAUAGUGGUUCAGUUUGGUUUGGUUUGGAGGGUAACAGGGGCAGUUUCUCUUUAUACUGUCCCUUCUGUAGUUGAGCAGAUGGUUUAUGUGGAGUCUGAAGUCAAUUUUACUGUUGCAUGCUUUUUUAUGAGCUCUCUACCAGACAGGGUCUUUGGGUGAGGAGACUCAUAGAAAAAUGAUCUAAGCAUAUAGACAGUGGCUGAGACAUCCUUCAAGCCUUGUUCUGUGGACUACAUGGCCAAGUCUGAGGUGUCUUUGUACAGCUUCCCACAUUUACUGAUUAAGAGUCUGCUGAGACUCAUAGCCAAACUUUGGGCAGAGUGAAGGGAAUCUUAUGAAAGAAGGGGGAGAUAGAAAGACCUGGAGAGGCUGGAGCUCCCCAAGGAGAACAGAACAAAAAAAAAUUGGGCACAGGGGUCUUUUCUGAGGCUGAAACUCCAACCAAAGGCCACUCAUGGAGAUAACCUAGAACCCCUGCACAGAUGUAGCCCAUGGCAGCUCAGUCUCCAAGUGGGUACUCUAGUAAGGAGAACAGGGGCUGACUCUGACAUGAACUCAGUGGCUGGCUCUUUGAUCAUCUUUGAUCAUCUCCACCUGAGGGGGAAGCAGCCUUAGCAGGUCAUAGAGGAAGACAAUGCAGCUAGUCCUGAUGAGACUUGAUAGGCAAGGGUCAGAUGGAAGGGGAGGAGAACCUCCCCUAUCAGUGGACUGGGGAAGGGGCAU